UCAGGAGUGUCAGGACGAUAAUUUAAGAAGGGUAAUCCGUCGUUGAUUUGGUUUAAUUACUGCAGAUUAUCUGACCGUGUCCAGAUGAAGUUGUAAAUAAUCAUAGUCAGGGCAAAACAUAGUUUUCAGUGCUUGAGAAUGAACGUGUUGCGAUCCGUGCCCAGCGUAAUCUGUAACAUCACCAGAUUUGAUGGUUAUGUAGCACGAAAUUAUGCCUUCAAGUCAGCUCUCAAAAUAAAAUGGGUUCGCCCCGAAAAAGUUCCAUUUUACAAGCCAGAAAAAACCGGAGAUCUUGGUUUGAAUUUCAAAGUAACGCCGACAAAUUUUGCUGGUAGAUAUAGCGAGUCUAAGGAAUUGCAAGACGCCGACGAGGUAGUGAAGAAGCUGUUUACGCUGGAAUUUCUUCCAGAACAACAAACAAGAAAAAUGAAACGAAACGAAGCAGUCGCUCUUGUAAAGAGGCACGAAUUGGACUGGGGCUCAAUGGAAGCAAAACUUGCAAAAAUGACUGCUAUCAUUCAAGACAUGCAAAAAACAAUGGAUAAAUUUCCGAGGAAUGCAAUCCUUAAAGUUGAACUGAAUGAACUGAUUCAUAAGCGGAAAAAAUUCCUUGGAUAUUUACGUCAAUGGGACUAUAAACGAUUCGAAUGGAUUCUUGAGAAGCUCAACUUAGUUUAUAAACCAUAUCCUCCAAAACUUCUCCCAGUAACACGGAAAGACUCGCUCCGCAAGCUGACCCAAAAGCAUUGUGAUGAAAUUGUACAAAAGAAAUUGGAUGCUUACAAAGCUGAGCUGACCUCAAAGCAAAAACAGUUCUUCAAAGAAAAAGCAGAAAAACUUGCCUUCAUCAGACAAGAAGAGUUGGCAUGUGGGUUGGAACCUACUGUUACUGAAGAAGAAAUACAACAAGCUAAAAAUAAGUACGAAUCGCUUCAAUGAUUGUAUUUCUUUACCCAAAUAACUUAGACCCUGUAUAUACAUAUGAAUAAAAAUUAUAUACCAAAUAUUA